AUGAGGAGUUACAGGUUUAGGUUAUCUGUGUUGUUGCCUAGCUCUUGGCUCAACAAGCUCGGAAUCAAGGGCAGAGAAAAUAGGAGGCAAGUGAUGGAGCAAUCCACAGGGCAAGACCAAGCUUCAGCAACAACACAAACCACGGAAGAACAAGGCCGCAUCGCCAACAGAGCCUCCUCCUACAUCCCAAGCAAAGACAGAAAGGAAAAGCUUUUCUGUUCCACGAUGAACACCGAGGCAUCACCCACUAGUUCGGCUGCUGCCGACGAGUUACCUCCUAGAUUGAAGCGCACAUCGCAAAGAAUGGCUAAGAACCCAUGUGCUGAGGUCGUCUCUUCCAACUGCCACUGUCAUGUGUCUUCUUUCAACGGCAACAUGGUGAGGAAGUUUAAGGAACUGGAGGUGAUACCGGAGCUUGACAAGCUGCCACCAAUUGUAACAAAGCCAGCGAAGGAAGUGCACGAGCCGGCAUCCAACAGAAAACUAAUUCACUCAAUCAGGAGGCGGCAAAGCUCACCAAGGAUUGGAAUCAAGCAGGUGAAGGAUUACAGGAAGCAGAGCACAGCAGCACAAAGGGUAGUCACGCAGCAGAAGAAGCCCCUAUUGGAAAGCUUGGUGGUGAUGAAGUCAUCUGCAAAUCCUUUGAGAGACUUUGCAGAGUCCAUGAUGGAGAUGAUCGUGGAGAAUAAUGUCCAGGAAAAAAAUGAGUUGGAGGAGCUGCUAGCCUGCUACCUGUCACUGAAUGCCCAAGAACACCAUGAAGUCAUCAUGAAGGUUUUUGAGCAUGUCUGCUUUGUUCUUACCAAGAUGAAAUGCAACUGA